AUGAACACACUCCUGAUCCUAGCCUUUGUGGGUGCCGCUGUUGCUUUCCCCGUUGACGAUGAUGACAAGAUCGUCGGGGGCUACACCUGUGCGGAGAAUUCAGUCCCCUACCAGGUGUCUCUGAACUCCGGCUACCAUUUCUGUGGAGGCUCCCUUAUCAAUGAAGAGUGGGUGGUGUCAGCAGCUCACUGCUACAAGUCGGAGGGGGCAUCAGGCCUUCAGAACACCUCCCCUUCCUACAGCCGCAUCCAAGUGAGGCUGGGAGAGCACAACAUAGAAGUCGACGAGGGCAAUGAACAGUUCAUCAACUCGGCCAAGGUCAUCCGCCACCCCAAGUACAACAGCUGGACCAUUGACAACGACAUCAUGCUGAUCAAGCUGGCCUCGCCUGCCACCCUCAACACCCGCGUAGCCGCCAUAUCCCUUCCCAGUGCCUGUGCGCCCGCCGGCACCGAGUGCCUCAUCUCCGGCUGGGGCAACACCCUGAGCAAUGGGGUCAACUACCCAGACCUGCUGCAGUGCCUGAACGCCCCCCUGCUGAGUGACGCUGAGUGCAAGGCCUCCUACCCUGGGGAGAUCACCAGCAACAUGAUCUGUGCCGGCUUCCUUGAGGGAGGCAAGGAUUCCUGCCAGGGUGACUCUGGUGGCCCUGUGGUCUGCAAUGGAGAGCUUCAGGGAAUCGUCUCCUGGGGCUAUGGCUGUGCCCAGAAGGAUAGGCCUGGAGUCUACACCAAGGUGUGCAACUAUGUGGACUGGAUUCAGGAAACCAUAGCUGCCAAUAGCUAA